AUGGCCAAACUUCGACUCCUUGUGGCAGCCCUGUGCUCCGCCUCCGCCUUCGCUUCUCCAUGGGAUCGCCACCAGAAGCGUGGCAAGGACGAGACGCCGAAAGGCUACGGCGACGACUCGCCUGCAUUCCUAGUCGGCCCAAAUGGACAUUCCAGCUCUCCUGAUGCACCUCAAGGGCCUCCAGCGUACGAUCAUUCCCCGUCAAAAUGGUCCGCAGAGAUUCCGAAAAGCACGCCCAGCUACGGGAAGCCAGCUUCGUCUUGGGCUCCCGAAGUACCUCAUAGCGUUCCUGAGUAUGGACAUUCCUCGAGCUGCGCCGCAGUGACGGUGACCGAAGUCUCUUACGCCACAAUUUCGGGGAGUCAACAAAUCGUGACCAAGCAUCAAAAGGCCUCGACGCUGACUGUCACGGACUGCAAGGAGGGUCCUGUGACUACUGCUACCAUCACAGCGUUGGCAACCAUCACUCAGAAAGGAUCUGUUUAUACUACUACUGUCGAGAAGAACAAUGUUCACACAUCGUACAUUGUUAAGAACCAUACUGUCCAAGGACCAACGCAAUACAGCACGGCUUACAGCACAGUCCAAGGUCCCACACGGUAUGCUACGGAGUACAGCACCAUUCACGGCCCGACGAAGGUUUCUGUUGCAUAUGCAACCGAUGUCGAGUACUCCACAGUAUACAACACAAAGACGGCAACAGCUACAUCAGUCAUCACUGCACCAGGAACCAUAUUGACAGAGUACAAGACAUCCACUGUUGAUGUGACGGAAACAAAGGUGUGGACGGCCCCAGGUACCACGGUCACUGAAUACAAGAAAGUGCCGGCCACGACUGAAUAUGAGACCAAGACCGUCAAAGUAGCAUGGACGACAACCUCUACCCUGAUCCAGGCGCCAACGACUAUUGUGAAGGAGUACACUCAGCCGGCGAUCACGAAGACCGAGUACUCAACUUUGCCUGCUGGGCCACCAAAGACGGUUGUCGAAACAGUGACGUUGCCUGCUAGCACUAUCGUCCAACUCGCAACUGUAACAGCUCAAUACGUAUCAACAGUUGUGUCAGUCGCCACAGUGUCGGCGGGUCCUCCACAGACUGUUGUCAUCACUUCUACGAUUCCUGCCGAGACCUGCUAUGUGACCAAGUCAUUCACGAGCGAAUACACGACUACGGUAACUUCAGUCUUGGCGCCUGCCACGGUCACAGAGUACAAGACAGAGCGCAGCGUUGAAGUCGAGACCGCGACACGAUACCUGCCUGCCGCGACCAUCACUAGCACAUACUUCCAGCCUGCACAAACUGUCGAGAAGACUGAGACCAUCAGCCAAGACUAUACUACAACGAUUACAUCCACCGCCGCGCCAUACACAUCCACUGUCAAAGAGACCUCUACACUCCCGGCCCAGGUUUCGAUCUGCACGAUCUACGAAGUCCUCACCAAGCCCGUGUACUCCACGACUACCAAGACUCUUGCCCCCGCGACGUACACAAGCACAGAAGUUGAAACGUACACCAAGGCAAUCUACGCAACGAUCACAAAGACUCGGGCUCCAUCGACGAUCACACAGACCGCGGUGGAGACGUACACUAAGCCCGUCCACGAAACGAUCACGAAGACUCUGGCUCCCGCCACGAUCACAAAGACAUCGGUGAAGACCUACACGGAGCCAAUUGUGCAAUGGACUACCAAAACACUGGCACCCUCCACGGUUACAUCUUGCAAGACUGAGACGAAGUCUACUGUCGUCACAGAGUAUUCAAUGAAGACAUUGGCUCCUUCGACAGUCACGGAAGAAGAGACUGAGACUUAUACCCGCGCUGUCACGGAGUGUUUGACCAAGACCUUGGCGCCGUCUACAUACACUGCCGUGGAGACCCAGGAUGUGACCGUGACUGAGGUCUCGAUUGCGCCGGGCAAAACUCACUACAAAACUGCCACUGCUUUCGAGUGGAACAACUUGACUGCCACUGCUCAGAUCACGAAGUACCACCCCACGACCAUUACCCUUACUGAAUCAGCCUCGUGUAGUCCAGACCAUCCGGUUACGAAAGAGCAGCACCACACGAUUACGGUCACGUCUAGCUACACAGCACCACCAAAGACCAUCAGCAUUCCAGGAGGCAAGCAUACCGUUACAGAGUGGAAGACAUCGCCAGGCAAAGGCGUCACCGAGUAUCACACCGUCACAGAAAAGGCUCCUGAGCAUCCACACAGCUUCGGCGCCACGACAGUGACGGUAUUCGAGACAGCGACGAUCACAUCCAAUGCAGUCUGCACCACUGGCGGCGAGAGUCCAAAGAGCUACGGAGACGUCAGCCACGCCCAUGUACCCAAUGGAUAUGGCCACGGUCUGACCGAAGGCCCCAAGGGCUAUGGCGAAGCUCCUAAACAGACCUCGGGUUCCGGGUCACCAAAAGGCUACGGGACCGAUGAUGGCUGGUGA